UACACUCAUGCCGUCGUUCCCUCAGGCCUAACACCAAACAACCCGCUCCCUGCAAGCCUGAACCCAAACAGCCCCAUGGCGAGCAUCCCCUAUUAAAGCGGAGCACCCAUCAUGCACACAGCGAAAUCACAGGAGCGGAGAACUUGUAAACCUGAAGCGGAAGGAAGCAAGGAGCGACUGUGAGGCAGCGAUGUCUGGCCUUGGUGGAGUCGGGAGCAUUGGCGGAGGCGGCGACGGCAGAAGCCAAGGCUUGGGGGGCAAGGCCAAGCUGCUCGCGCUCGGCAAGGGACUCCCUGAACAAGUUCUACCCCAGGAGAAGCUCGUGGAGACCUACCUCCAGGACACCAGCUGCGACGAUCCCGCCACCAGGGCCAAGCUCGAACGCCUCUGCAAGACCACAACAGUGAGGACAAGGUACACUGUCAUGUCGAAGGAGCUCCUGGAUGAACACCCAGAAUUGAAGACAGAAGGCACUCCAACAUUGACGCCACGGCUUGACAUCUGCAAUGCCGCGGUGCUUGAACUUGGUGCUGCUGCAGCUCGUGCCGCCCUUGGUGAGUGGGGCCGUCCGGCAGCUGAUAUUACCCACCUGGUCUACAUCUCCUCCAGCGAGCUUCGCCUCCCAGGGGGUGAUCUUUUCCUGGCAACCCGUCUUGGCCUCUCUCCAAACACAGUGCGCACAUCCCUUCUCUUCCUUGGCUGCUCAGGUGGUGCUGCCGCCCUCCGCACUGCCAAGGACAUUGCAGAGAACAACCCAGGGAGCCGUGUCCUUGUAAUAGCGGCGGAGACAACUGUGUUGGGCUUCCGGCCGCCAAGCCCUGAUCGUCCUUAUGACCUUGUUGGUGCUGCUCUGUUUGGUGAUGGUGCAUCAGCUGCAAUUAUUGGAGCAAGCCCUAUCAAAGCAGAAGAGGAUCCUUUCUUGGAGCUUGAGUUCUCAACCCAGGAGUUCCUACCAGGGACAGACAAGGUAAUUGAUGGCAAAAUCUCAGAGGAAGGGAUUAACUUCAAACUGGGGCGUGAUUUGCCUGAAAAGAUUGAAAGCCGCAUAGAAGGCUUCUGCAGGAUACUCAUGGACAAGGUUGGGAUAAAGGAGUUCAAUGAUGUAUUUUGGGCUGUGCAUCCCGGUGGACCAGCAAUAUUGAACAGGCUGGAGGUUUGUCUUCAACUUGAGCCAGAUAAACUCAAGAUCAGUAGAAAGGCCCUGAUGAACUAUGGGAAUGUGAGCAGUAACACAGUCUUCUAUGUGCUGGAGUAUUUGAGGGAUGAAUUGAAGAAAGGGGCAAUAAGGGAAGAGUGGGGAUUGAUCUUGGCUUUUGGCCCAGGCAUCACAUUUGAAGGACUGCUAGUUCGGGGCAUUAACUGAAAUUGAAGGAGAUCCAAGUAGGUUACUACCAGAUAUAUGGAAAGGUCACAAACAAGCUUUACAUGGCACGGUAGCAUUUCACAAUUAUAAUUAUACAGUGUAAGGAUAGCAAUUCGCGACUAUAAUUAUAUACUGUAAGAAUAUCAUAAGCAUAGCGUCUUGAUGAUUUCUGUUCACUACAUACUCAGUACUUUGUAAUUUUAUGCUUUAUGCUAUCAAUUAUCAAACAAUGUCAGUUACUCGA